AUGGCUGAGGAUAAGGAGCAAACAGGAGCCUCCUGUGCGAAUCUGCCACUGCCUGAUGAGUUUCAUGAAUCACACUUAGAGGACAGAUCAGAGCUGAACGGAGAGGAUGAGGAGGGACCCUCUGCGACCAGAGAUCAGUCUGUUAAGUGCGGCCCUGACCUGCUGCAGAUGCUGAAAGCAGCAGAGAGCAGGCGGGCAGCUCAGGGUCGGGAUAGAGACGGGAGCUUGGUGUCAGAGUCUGGGACAGGAGUGCUGGUAACUGAAGCUCUGAGGACGGAUAUGGUAAGUGAGGACUCUGCAGUCAAGACUUCCUGACUUUGACUCGUGCUUUUGUAAGUGAAAAGAAGCGUGAAUCUGCAUACACUCAGGCUGUUGAUGAUUAGAGCUGCUGUGUGGCUCUAUGACUGUUUGACCAGCUCAUAUGCAUACAGAUAGCUCUCUUAUCAUCUCUUCAAAACAUCAUAUGCUCCUGUGUGUGUUUGUGUGUGUGAGAGUGCAUAAAAGAAAACUACAAAUGUAAGAAAAAAUCUGGGGGUGUAGUCUGCUUCUCAUCUUAGAGGCAAGCAGCAGGGGGGUACAUUGGCCCAUGCUGGCUUUACACACCCAAACUGUUUGCAGGUCAAGAAGUAAGUCACACUGGAUUAUUUAGAGAAACUUGGUGUAGCUGCAGUAAUAUGUAGUUGAGAACGUGUCAUCUAAAAGUUAUAAAGCGAGUCAUUUAAAACUGUGUUUAGUUAAAGAAGUUUUGUUCAAUUUCUUAAACAUGUUUUUUUUUUAUAUAUAUAACAUCAUGGACAACAUACAGAAACUGAAACCUUAGAGCAUUAAUGCAUUAUUCCUCUGGGGCACUAUAGUAACAGACUGAAUGAGCAGCAGAGGAAAAUGGAUUAUAUAUUCAUAUCAACACAAAAUACUCUGUCUACAGCCUAAAGCAUUCACUCCUGUUUUCUUCACUCUUUGUUUUUAGGUUUCUUGACUUCAGAAAAUGUGCCAUUUAAAACACACUGUCAUACUGAAGCCUCUCCAUGCUUAUUUACCCAGACUGUAGGCCUAUUUAUUCAGCAUCUUCACUGGUUCCUCCCACACUGCACACUGUUACAAUAUCAUUAUCAAUCCAUCCCAAAAACUUUAAAAUGGCAAAGUAAACUUGUUUUUUUUUUCAUCAUGGGCAGAUUUCUUUUGGAUAGCUCUGAUUUAUGCUGAAACAACAAUCAAUAAUGAAGGAAUGUCAGGCAUUACAAUUACUAAUAAAAAAAACCCAACCCAUUUAAAACCCUGUUUUUGUCAUUUAUAGUACUCCCUGUGAACAAGGGGAUCUUUGCUGAUUUUUUCUUGUACUGUAUACAGGGGGACGGUCAGUCAGUUAGUUAAAGGUGUAACUCAAGAGUGUGUAAAGUCUAAGUCAACUUGUGGAUAAGGAUGUAAAAAGAUGAAGAGUUAUACAGGUGUGUUAAAAGGGUAAAUUAAUGAGGGGGUACUAUGCUAAUUAUUUGGCUUUAUAUUGUGCCCCUGAUAUUUCCUUAGUAGCUUUAUAGUUCAACAAAUUCUGAAUUCUGAGUCUUUCAUGCACUGUCUUUGAAAACCCUCUUUUCAGCCUCUGUUUGAGACGUUUCAUUUAAGACACUGUCCUCUUUUUAAACACCCCCUCUCCCCAGCACUACAGAACCCAGCAUUCAGGAAGCCUCCUUCACUGUUGCCAUCUAACAAAGUUCUGUUUAUUUUUAUAGAAUGACAAAUCUUCCCUUUUAAGUGAUAUCACAGUGAUAUCACAUUGUCUGGUGAUAUCACAGUUUGAGCAAAUCUCAUCUUGAUCUCACUGAAUUCUCAUGAGGUUUUUUCAACAAGCACAUAUGCCACCUCUUUAGGGGUUAGUUGAGGGUGACAUGACGGCUUAGUAAAAGAUGAUAUAGAUGCAGAUUUGAUCUCUUUGGUUCCUAUCAGACAUAUAUAGGUCUCUUUAAACACGGUGAGUAAUUGAUCUCUUUCUCAUGCUGUGCACCUCUCUGCUAAUUACCUUGUGUUUCCUCUUAGAGCAGUUCACUCCUGGACAUGCUCACAUUCAUCACGUGUACCUUUCCUGACAAUCCUCUCUCUGCUCUUCAUCCAUAACUUGUUCGUUCUCUUACAUUUUCCCAGCCUUCAUUUUCUUUAUUCUCACAAAGACUCUCUUUAUUCCCCUCAUACUUUCCACCUGUUACCUGGGGCUGCUGGGUGAGGGUGUGGCGUAAAGUGUGAGUGAGAGCUUUCUAAUCACUUUGACCUCAGCAGCAGCAGCAGCAGCAGCUCUGCAGAGUCACUUUGUCUCUGUGAUUACGUUCUGUCAGCAUGAAGAAAGUGUACAGUCUGGUGAACUUUACCAAAGCCAAGGACCAGGAGACUGUGCAGUCCAUCUGCAUCAAGGUAUCAAAGCUUUUUUAACACGGUGUUAGUCUCUUUGCAGGGAGAUUUUUGACUUUUCUGUAGGGUAGUAAGAGGAGAUGCUAGAGUUUGCACUGAAAAUGCUCCUGUGCUCCUUUUUUUAACCACCAUAGCUUCAUAUUUAACAAGUUUUUAUCGAUUAUAAGACAUGAAAACACACAUAAUAAAUUCAGACUUUGUCAGGAGACAAAUCUAUCCUAAGUAACAUUUUCUGUAUCAGAAUAAAGUCUUUAGCCUCUUAAAUCUCUUUAUCGGCUGUCAUUGUGCUCUGAGUGUAAGUGGCUCUUUCCUGAUCCAGUUUCAUUCUAAGAGAUAAUGAGUUAAUUUUCACACAGCUGAGAGUCGCAGCAUAAUGCCUGUUUCUGUUAAAGAUUAAGCAGUUACUUUCAGCUGAAGGCUUGUGUUGUGUUUAAGUGUUCAUUUCUCAGAAAGAAAAAACCUGUUCAGUGUAAGUCCACAUCUUAUUAAAAAGAGGCCGUAGAAGUUGUUUGAACUGAAGUCAGUGACUGUUUUUGAUAGAUUUGUUUUAAAUGCAGAUUCAAUCAUCUGGAAGAUUGAAAAAAGCUGAUUUGCAACCUUAUCAGUAAAGGUGCAUGUUUAAAUCAGAGGAAUUCACAAAUCAUAAUUCAUUAUGAUUCAUUUAAAUGCUCUUUUCUGUAAACUGUUAUUCAGUUUGUGUAAAGUGUCUUUGCUCUGACAGAAUUUUAACUACUGCUUUAAGAUUAUUCAGGCCACAAUCACUAUUUCUGUCCACUUUUUGCCUCUAAAAUGUAUUAUUUCUCCAGAUUUUUCAACAAAACAUUGUCACUGUAAAAUUUUUGGCCAGUUGAAAGAUAGUUGACAUCAACCUGUGUGUAUUCUGACCUGAUUUCAGAUGUGGUGUAGACGAUUUUCAACCAAUUCAACACUGAAAUGUUGCUUAAUGCUCACUAAGAAUCAUGCUUUUUUUGAACAGCAAAACUGAUCACUCACUGUGAAUUUUUGUAGAAAAAUUUAAAUUUAAAGCCUUUUCUGCAGUUUUCAGUUUAUUACUUCAUGUGACACCUUCACAGAGGCAGUAGUAAAAGACAUUAAAAAACAGUAUGUAAUAAUUUACCGCCUUAUUUAUAUUCCUCUCUUUUUUGACUUUUGUCCGUCAUUUAAAGCAUCAAUUUGCAUGUUUUUACUCCAGCUCCACACAGGAGCCUUAAAUUUACAGUUUUAUUUCAUAACUGAGCAUCCACAGUCAUGACUCUGAAGGGGCAUUGUGCUUAUUUCAUUGUCAAAUAUUAAGUUGUGUGAUAAACUAUGAUUCCUUUUUAAUUUGACCAUAAGAUCAACAUCAUUUUAACAUAUGCUAUAGAGUUUAUCUAUGAAUUGUAAUGUUACUGUAAAAUUCAUAUGAUACUAAAGCAACGCAGAGUCCUACAACAACCUUCAGUAAUUAGCAGAUAAUUUAACUCUGUCGUCUGUUAUUAACUUCAACAAUCCUGUUAAAUAUUACAAAUGUGCCAACUUUAAAUAUACGCCAUACCUUUCCCAUGAUGCAAUUCAGUUACACUUUCAACGGGUAAAAGAAAAACCCUAAUGACAUCAUCAGGGUUACUUAUUCCUUAACUAAAGUAAACAUCACACAAUUGUAUUCACUGAUCCUUCUGCAAAAAACUUACGGGUUGACCCUCUUAUGUAACAUAUAUUGAUUCAUUUGAAUCUAGGUCUUUCCAUCCAACUUUGACAAGCACUAAUCUUUAGGUGAGUGUGUUCACUGUUCGGGGGUAUGUCUAUUUGUGUCCUUCUACAUGGGUGACAAAGUAUGAGCAAAGCUGCAAAACAGCCCGUUACAAAGGCAGGAGAUCUUAGUAGGAGGGGAAAAAUCCUCAGUUAAGCCUUCAGUUGUUGGGUUUUUGUAAAGCUGAACUUAGAGAUCAGGCAGCAGAGUUAAGCGAGCAGACAUGUACAAGUGGGAUCCCUGCAGAGGCAGCAGUCCAGAUUUCAAACAGCCACACUGGAAGGUAAGACAGCAGCAGCAGCAAGAGGGAUAAGAUUAAGAGGAGAUUUGUGAUAGCAACAGAGGUUUAAGUGCGCAAUUCUGCAGUGAUUUGUGGUGCUUUCUGCUUUUGUGACUCUAUCAGAACUGUCUGUCUGUCUGUCCAAGGCUGAUGCUCCUGACGUGCAGUGAUACAACAACUGAAAAACUUACUGUGAAACUCUUUCUGACCCUUUUUCAUUUUUGUUGUUUUUCUGUCAACUCAACAGCAAAUCCAGUUCAAUGACCAGAAUCAAGAAUUCAACAAACGUCCCACCAAGACUGUUCGUCGCUCCCUGUCUCGCUCCAUCUCACAGUCAUCCACAGACAGCUUCAGCUCAGGUAAAAAAAAAAAGAAAAGAAAGAAAACACACACCCUUAAUGAUCAGAUCACAUGUUUUUAAUAUAUAGACUUAGCUGGUCCUGAUUCCAGCAGCACGAGAACUACAGGCCCCGAGGAUUAGCCUUAGUACUUUCACCCUUAGCUAAAUCUUAAUUAAUGUGAAAGUCCUCUGAAGAAUUAAGACUCUUAAAUUUUGGACCUAAACGGCUCUUUAAGCCUUUCUCAAACAUGUCAAUCACUGACUUCAAAGACUCAAAAAAAGAAAAAACCUCACCUCACUAACACUGAUCACAAACACUGUAGUAGGAACAGCAGCUUUCAGAGCCAAAACACAAUGGUCCAAAGUUAAAGCAACAGCUGUCAUGGUGUGUGGUGCAGACAGGAAAGUGGAACCCAAACACAGACAGUUAUGGAAAGAUGUGCAGUUUUAGUAUACUGUAUAUCUGCCUGCCAGUUGGCUGAUUUUGAAUGACACCAUAUAUACAAUACCACACAAUAUGAUACAAUGUGACACGAUACAAUGACGAUUAUAUAUGUAGAAUAUGAUGAUUCGAAACAAUACGUCAUGAAACUGUAUGAUACGAUGAUUAAAUAUUAUAUAAAUUUUUCAUAUGAUGAGGUCUGAUUUGAUACAAUAAAAUAUGAUGCAAUAUGACCAUAUAUGACCAGCUACAACACUACACAAUACAAUACAAUACAAUUCAAUACAGUUAUUUGAUAUGAUAUGACUUGGUACAAUAUCAUAUAAUCUGAAUCAUAUGAUACAUCUCUAUACAAUACAUUUCUAUACAAUAUGAUGAUUUGAUAUGAUACAAUAUGAUGUGAUACAAUACGAAAUCAUACAAUAUGAUAUGAUAUAUGGUAUGAUAUAUCAAAAGAAACGAUACAAUAUGAUAUUAUUUGAUAUGAUAUGAUACGAUAUGAUAUGAUAUGAUAUGAUACAAUAUGAUAUUAUUUGAUAUGAUAUGAUACGAUAUGAUAUGAUAUGAUACAAUAUGAUAUGAUAUAUAAAAUGCUAUAUCAUAGAUGCAAUAUGAUACGAUACGAUACGAUAAGAUAUGAUAUGAUAUGAUAUGAUAUGAUAUAUGAUAUGAUAUGAUACAAUGAAAUAUAAAAAUUAUACUGUAAUGGUUUCCCCAAGUGUGUUUAAUAUGAACUCAGAAUCAGACCAGAGGCAGCAGGAAGUGUUUAAAGAUUUAUUUAGAAGAGCAGGUGAUGAGGGGAAUGGGGUCCAAGAUCCUAUGUGAGAGUUCCAUGGUGAGGUGAGGGUGAGUGAGUUUGCUGAGAAGGCAGGUGAGUGAUCUGGAGAGCAAGUUGUGGCACAUGGCAGAGGUCAGGGCUUGUGAGGCUCUGGAGGGGAGAGGUGGAGAACAGGAAUUAGACACAGGUAAAGCACAAGUUCACGAGAGUGAGUUUCUAAAAUUCUUAAAUCUCUGUUUUGCAGCAUGCAGUGACAGCUCUGAGGAUGGUACUUCACCCAGAGACAAGCUUCAGAAGACCUCCACUGGCUUUUCUGACUUCUGCAUCAAAAACAUCAAACAGGCUGAGUUUGGACGCAAAGAGAUAGAAAUCGCUCAGCAAGGUAGGGAUGAAGAGUUUUUACUGUGCUUUUUAUACCUCACUUUCUAUAAGACAAAACAAAAAGGCCUCUCUGUUAUAAGAAUAAAUGUGACUUUGUGUGAUAUUCAGAAAUGCCGGCGCUGAUGGUCCUGAGGAAAAAAGUAGGUGGAGAAAAACCUCUGGCUGGAGCCAAGGUGGUGGGCUGCACACAUGUCACUGCACAGACAGCGGUUAGUUUAACACACACAUUCACAACCAUACACACCCUCUUGAUAGAUGAUCAUCCAAAACUAGAUUGAAAAGGAAGGAUUACUCAAACAUGCUCUGUUGACUGUCCUUCAGGUGUUGAUUGAGACUCUGUGUCUGUUGGGGGCUCAGUGUCGCUGGGCAGCCUGUAACAUCUUCUCCACUCAGAACACUGUGGCUGCUGCUCUGGCUGAAGGAGGUCAAACUUCCCACUCCUUUAUCUCUGUUUCUCAAAUGCUCCCUUACUCUUUCCUUUGAACUAAAUCAGCCACUCUUCAAUUCAGGCACCUCUGUGUUUGCAUGGAGAGGAGAAUCGGAGGAUGACUUCUGGUGGUGCAUUGAUCGAUGUGUCACUGCUGAGGCCUGGCAGCCCAACAUGGUACUAUGAGCAAAUCGCAUCAUUGAUCUCUGACGUGACCUUUCAUUCUUGUCAUUACGUUAACUUGUUUCUUUUUUUCCACUUGAGUCAGAUUCUGGAUGAUGGAGGCGACCUGACCCACUGGAUCUAUAAGAAGUACCCCAGUGUGUUCAGGAAGGUCAAAGGCAUUGUGGAGGAGAGCGUCACAGGCAUCUAUCGGUUUGUCUCACCCAUAACUUUGAUAAUGUUCUAUCCCAUAUUUGAUAGAGUCCUCCAGCAUGUGUGUCUGCCAUGUGUUUUUCCAGGUUGUACCAGCUUUCAAAGGCAGGCAAAUUGUGUAUCCCUGCCAUGAAUGUGAACGACUCAGUGACCAAGCAGAAGUUUGACAACCUCUACUGCUGCAAGGAGUCAAUUCUGGAUGGGUAGUGAACCAAGAUAUGAUCAUGAACAUGUACAAAAACAGGCAGUACACAGCAACAGUCUGAACACACUGACCUCCUCUUUUAGGUUGAAGCGAACCACUGAUGUCAUGUUUGGAGGAAAACAGGUGAUGGUGUGCGGAUACGGGGAGGUCAGUAUGAAAGAAUGAAUAUUUUUCUUUUACAUUUGACAUGAAAGAAUGAUUUCAUUCAAGCAGCUCUUCUCAACCAAGCCUUUUUUAUCUCUUCCUGUAAAGGUUGGUAAAGGUUGCUGUGCGGCCCUGAAAGCGCUGGGUACAGUCGUGCACGUCACAGAAGUGGAUCCCAUUUGUGCCCUUCAGGCUUGGUAUGAAUGGAGGAAGCUUUUAGUGGCACAGAUGCAGAGUGUGUUUACAUCUUUCUGCAGCACAAUGAAGCAAAACAGCAUGAAAUAUUAGAAAAAGUGUAACCCUAUUUGUUCUCGUCAUCGCCAGCAUGGACGGCUUCAGAGUGGUUAAACUGAGCGAGGUGGUCAGGCAGGUAGACAUGGUCAUCACCUGCACAGGUAGAGAAUACCCUCUUUAAAACAAACUGUUAUUUCAAAUACCAAGGUGGCUUAUUUUGCACGUCUCUAUCUGCAGGCAAUAAAAACGUGGUGAACAGGGAACAUCUGGACAGGAUGAAAAAUGGCUGCAUUGUCUGCAACAUGGGGCACUCCAGCACAGAGAUAGAUUUAGUAAGAACUGAAGAUCAUGUGUGUGUGUUUUCGUUCUCUGUAGACCUCUGCUUCUGUCAUAUUUGGACUCUUUCAUUCUCAGACGAGUCUGAGGACUGCUGAGCUCAGGUGGGAGCGAGUGAGGCCUCACGUGGACCAUGUGAUCUGGCCUGAUGGCAAAAGAAUCACACUGCUGGCAGAGGUGAUUUUACUGUUUUUAUGACUCUGAAGCAUCGCCAUUAGGAAUGACAUAGUGUCCAGAAGUGUGACUCAAAAACCACUCCUGCAUGUCGGCGACAAAGAAGAUAUGGUUUAAUGAACAGACACAUAGGCACAGUCCUCAUUCUUUCUUGUUGGAGGGUGUGUGACAGAUGUGGUUUCAAUGGGAGAGAUAUAAAUGAUUACCAGUCAGUAUGCCGUAUAAAUCAUAAUAACAGCAGUUAUCGCUUUACAUUUCUUAAGAGUCUCCUAGAAAAGGCAGUAAACUGAGCAAGAUUUUUGUCUCCUGUCUUGAUUUUAAAAAGUCUUAUUAGACUUGAUUAGACUGGCAUUUAUGGCCAGACUUGAUUUCUGGCCAUAAAUGCCAGAAAAGUCCAGAUAACUUCUUCUUUCAAGAUUUUAAAAGCUUGACAUGAAACCUGGCUAAUUGCUUGUAAUAAGUUAAAUAAUCUGUCGUUUGACCCAGAAAAAUAUACCAUUAAUUUUUCUUGAACAAGACUUAAGUUUCCUGAAGUUAAAUUGACAUCUUAAUUCAUAGUUUUUUCUUUACCCAUUAUAAGCAAUCCAGGCUUUACCCUAAGCUCCUAAUAUCUUAAAUGAGAUAUUAGUUUGGGCUUGUCAGGAAAUUGUCUUAUCCUGACUCUAAUAGGAAUUUUACCAGAAAUAAGACAAACACACUUGAGAAGUUUUGAGAUAGAUAAGAUAUUACCACUAUUAAAGCAUUAAGAGGAGCAGGAACCUCUGGUUUUGGAAAAAAAAAGCUGAUGUAAUUGUUGAAAAAUAAGACCUGCAGCUGCUUGAGUGUUUACUGGCUUCAAAAACCAAGGACAGCCCAAUAGGUCCCCAAAAGUGAAGUGAAUGAACAGGUCUACUACAGCCUGGGAAAGUCAAGGAUGACAAAAAGUCAGCAUGCUGUCUGACAGGUGUUCAACAGCAGUCAAACAAGUCAUCCUCCGCACAUCUGAUUCAAAACUAGUGAGGCACCAGAUCGCUGUCUCAGCAUGGCGCUCUUUAUUGAAUCAGAUUUGCAGAAGAGGGAACACUUAAAGACAAUUAGAUAAUAAUCUGACACUUAACAGAGUCUUAGCUUCUGAUCAGUGUCUGCUGUCACAUCACAGCAUGUCCUCUGCCUCUGAGAUCUGUUUGAUGUUCAUUUAGGGACGUUUGCUGAACCUGAGCUGCUCCACAGUGCCUUCACUUGUACUCUCCAUCACAGCUACAACUCAGGUACGAUCACAUGUCAUAAUGAGGCCUUUCGUGUUUUGUACAAUGACUCCAGCAGAGACUUUAUCUGUUUCGUUUCAGGCUCUGGCUCUUAUAGAGCUCUACAGCGCUCCAGAGGGACGAUACAAACAGGACGUCUACCUGUUGCCUAAGAAGAUGGGCAAGUCCUCACUUUCAUUAUCUGUAGUCAACUAUCGCAUAGACUUUGUGUCUUUUUAGUGUAAAUUAAACCAGGUGUGGUUCAUUUCAGAUGAAUUUGUGGCCAGCCUUCACCUGCCGGCCUUUGAGGCUCACCUCACAGAGCUGACUGAUGAACAGGCCAAGUACCUUGGUAUCAGCAAGCAUGGACCCUUCAAAGCAAACUACUACAGGUGAGAUCAGGAGCUCUGGUUAUUUUCUCACACACAAAACCUGCUUUUAAUUUUGUUUUUAUACAGCAGCAAUUCUCUGUCUUACAGGUAUUAA